UACAUAUCUAGGGUAGGAAGGGCUAAGGGGUUUCUCUCUCUACUUGCCAGCCGGCCCUACCGCAGUAAGGUUGCAUAAGGUACCGCGGCGAAGGCCCAGCCCAAAAGCGCACACAGGAGCAGCCCAUAAGAUUCCUACCUCGCGCUCGCAGACGAGAGCGGCGAAACCACCGUUACAGCACACAGCCAUUUUCGGUCUCGUUACUUAGAGAGCAGGAUGACAGCCCAGGAAGCGGUAAACGUGUAUCGAAUGGCGCGCUUUGGCAAUAACGACGGCCUAAAGAAGCUUCUCUCGGUAAUUUUUUUUUUCUUCGGUGCACCACGUUGAUUUCCACACAGGAUCCUAGUGCGCGCGACCGUGCUGGUCUGUACGACAUUAACGCUACCGACGACGCGGGCGCCACGGCGUUAAUCUACGCCGCACGCGCCGGCUACGUCGGCGUCAUCAAGCAGCUUCUGGCGCACGGUGCCUCGGCGACGAAGGAGGGCUACGGCGGCCUCGCGCCCCUCCAUCACGCGCUGAUCCAUCUUCGUGAGCCAGCGUGCCAUGCGCUGCUGGAGGCCGGCGCCGACCCGAACCAGGCGGACAGCGGAGGACACACGUCGCUCCAUUUCGCGGCGCAAGUCGGCGCCCUCAACGUCUUAAUCACGCUGCUGGAGCGGGGGGGCGAUGCCAAACAACAAUCCACGAAUAAGACGACGCCGCUGCAUGUUGCCGCGCAGACCGGCGCGGACGCCAUCGUCCUGAGACUGCUGGAGGCCGGCGCCGACCCGAACCAGGCGGACAGCGGAGGGCACACGGCGCUGUCCAUCGCAAGAAGAAUGGGCUACUCGUCCAUCGUCGCGCUGCUCGAGGAGCAUCAGAAGUGACCACCUCCGGUGCCGCGCCGGAUGGCUUCGAGGGGAAGCUAAUGUAAUCGUGUCGACGUUCACAAGGAAAACGACCAUGUAGCCGUCGUCACAAAGGCCGGCGCGACUAGAGCCGACGUCGUCGCGCAAAAACCGACGCACAUUCCUCUCUUGUCGCCUGUUUGGGCCAGAGUCAAUGCCGCCCCCAGUACUAGUAGUAGUAGAAAUAAUUACUACGUUUGUUUCCCACGAGGCCGC